GAUGCAGCAGCCGCUCUGUUUCUUGCUUACAGCUAAAGCCUCUGUAAUCUUUCAUCAGACAUAGAAAUUUGAAAAAACCCAUUAAAGUCUUACCAUCUCUAGCUGUCUUCCUUAUCUGGGUUGAUUUAGUUUUCUGAAUCUGAAACUGGGUCAUCCUUUUCUUUCUCCGCCAACUCUUCUCCAGAUUAGAUCAUAUGGACUGCUAUUUCAGGAGCGUUAUUGAUGAUUUUGUUGUCCCCAAGAACGAAGAAAUGUCAGACAGGCUUCCAUCACCACGCAGUUGGUUGAAUUGGGGAAUAAGUGCUCCUGAAAGUUGUGGGGAAGCUAAGAAAUGGUUUCUUAUGAAUCCAAGUUUUUCUCAAAGAGAAAUGAGCCCCAAUGGUGAAAUAUUUUUUGAUGACGAUAUGGUGGAUUCUUCAAUCCGUGGUAAAGAACAGUCUAGCGGUUUUAGUCUCUGUGAAGGAUCAGUGGAUGACAUUUUCAACCAGACUACAACUUCACAUGAUCAGCCGGACUGCCAGCUUGAUGACCUGGUUGGGAUCGAAGCGAUGGAUGACAUUUACUUGGAUUCUUUUCUUGAAGAUCUACCUCGGACUGAAAAUCCUCGGAAAUCAUUUUGUUGUUCACCUGAGUCAGAGUACAACUCAGUGCUAGUCGAUAAUUUUUCAAAAGACAUGAUUGUAGAUUCGCGAAGUUUUUCAAGUGAUGAACAUAGUAUUGGAAGCUCUAAGUAUCUCAAAACACAUGCUUUUUCUCCAGCGGUGGGUUGGAAGAGAAAAGCCAAUGAUUCAGAGUUUAUGCCAUCUAGUUCAGAGCAGAAUGAUUGCACAACAAUAGAGGCGUCACAGAUCAACAUCUCGGUCCCUUCUGAGCAGAAAAGUAUUGAUGAAGCUGUUGACAAUGAGACAUCAGUGGAGGAAUCCGUGUUGCAGGAGCUUGAAACGGUGAUGACACAGUUGACUGAUAAAACACGGAUAUGCUUUCGUGAUGCCUUUUAUCGGCUAGCAAAGAACUCAGAACGUCAUAUGGCCGCACAUAGACAACAUGAAGAUGUCUCUGUGGAAACUCUUCCUCCAUUGAUAGGUCAUGCUGAGAAAGAGAGGUCUGGAAGAAAGCAAGCAACAGAGUCAGAGACCAACAUCAUCGACAGAACUGUCGCAAGUCUCUUGUUUGGUAAGAUGCACAUGUUUGUAGAAGAUUCUCCAGUGGAAGAGACAGUAAACGCCGACCCAACCCAAGUGGCUACCAGAACGACAGGAACGCCAAACCAUAAUCUGAAUCAGACACAAACCCGAAAUUUUCAUCGCUACCAUGUAUAUCCCGGAGAUGCUGAAGUUCCAAUAUAUGGUCCUGAAAUCCCAUCAGCAGAUAACAGGAUGAACAAAGUUUAUAAUACUGGAGUUGGGAUUUAUGAGUAGAGAAUGGGGGUUCCAAGAGUCUGACUUAUUUACUGAAUUACGCAGUAGUGUUUGAUUAUGUAUAUAUAUUAGUUUUGAGUAUAACAUGACUUGCUGCACCAGGGCAGCUCAGUUUUGACUUUUGAUCAUGUAAAAAUUACAGUUGAAAAUGUUAACUAACCUUUAAAAUUAUAUUUCCAUCA